AUGAAGGUGAUAUCAGAUCAAGCGGUGACAGAGUUUUUAAACAAAACUCUCUCAAAGGAAUCAAUUCUCAAUUCAUUUCAACAAACAUUGCUCAAAAGUUUAACGACAUAUUCCCAAGAUUCCGACCAUAUAGUACCUCCUAGAACUGUUCAACCAAGCAACAAUCCCAAUUCAGACACCACGCACAUAUACAUGCCAUGCAUAUCUCCAGUUGAGGUGGGACUUAAGGUAAUUAGUGGUGGUCCUGGAAACAAUUCCAAGGGAUUGGGAUUUCAAGGAUGUGUAUUGAUAAUGGAUGAAAUAACCGGAGAAUUGAAGGCCGUACUUAAUGCCAACACCUUGACAGCUUUUAGAACGGCAUUGGCAAGCACCUUGGGUUUGACAAAAUUGAUCUCCCCUUUGAAUGCAAAAAUCUUACCGGAAUUGACAGCUUUUGGUGUCGGUUUGCAAGCUUACUGGCAUAUCAAAUUAGCCUUGUUGUUAUAUGAGGAUAAAAUCAAGCAAGUCAAUAUCUUAAAUCGUACAUUGAAAAACGCAGAGGCAUUAGCAGCCAAACUUUCCAAAGAAUUCAAAAACGUCAAGUUUAAUGGUUUUCUGUACCAAGACGAAUCUCUGGGAUUCAUUCCUCAUGUUCAGAAUAGUUCGAUUAUAUUUGGUUGCACACCAGCAACAUCUCCAAUAAUCAAGCAGGAAUAUUUGAACAAAAACUCAGAAUUCCCCAAAUUCAUAUCAUUGAUCGGCUCUUACAAGCCUCAUAUGAUUGAAUUGGAUUUGGAUUUAUGUAAAGAUUUCAAGCAAAAGGGUAUUUGCAUCAUAGUUGAUUCCAAAGAACAUACAUUGCAUGAAGCUGGCGAGUUGAUACAAGCAGAAUUUAACGAGACCCAAUUGAUUGAAAUCCAUGAAUUGUAUUCUGAUUUUGAUGCUACUGUUACAGAUAAAAGUACUGGUAUUACAGUGCAAAAGAUCGUUGGUUUAUCAAUUAUGGAUUUAUCCAUCGGUAAAAUGAUUUCAAAUGAAAUCGGUAGUAAUGCAGUUGUUGUUGAUGACUUCUAA